AUGGGCUCUAAGCCUAAUCUAGCUGCAAAUACCAAGAGAGAUAAACUCGCACAGGUCCUGGUUCGGUCUGGUGAUGCUCUUAUGGCUAAAGCUCGCUUGCUUGGUCCUAACAUUUCUAUCCUGCAAGUUGAAGCUUGGGGUCUUAAGGAAGGCCUUAAUGCGACUUUGUCACUUAAUAUGUCUAAUUUAGAGAUUGAAGGCGAUAAUCUCGCUGUUAUUAAUGCUGUUCAUCAUUGUUUUCGAAAAGCAAACAAGACAGCGGACCUUAUGGCGCAUCGUGGACACUCUCACUCGGAUCUCGUCUAUAAUUAUCCUCCUUAUGAUAUUGAUUUUUCUCUUUUCAUCCGCAAGUAUGUUUUAGUGAAAAACGUUGAUAUAUGUGGGAAUUUGGGGCGAGAAGAGGUAGUCAAGACAAGAGGUGGGCUACAUGAUUUCGAGUUUUCUGUUUGGUGUUUGGACCUUCGCGAUUGUGGCGAUUUUGGUUUCCCGUUAAGGACCAAUAAAGCCUCGGAGGAGGAUUCUCGACCGUUGAGGAUAAAACGUCGCGUUUCUCCUUUACCGGAGAAAUUACAUGGCAAAGAGAUUGAGCUUGGAGGACCAUUACGGAGGCUGCGACGUCGUGGUUGUUUCCUCUCCAAGAGAUCACGCGUCAAAGAGGAGCAAGAUGGCCAACCACAGCCGAAAAUGCAACAUAAUGACGCUUUCUUAGCUGACAAACUAUCUGGCACAGGUUUUUGCAUUAAUUUUGAUCGACCACAUAUUCAUCAGAUAUUCGUGCAUGCUGAUUAUCGUGAAGAGUCUGGCUUUGUUAAAUUGCUGGAAGCAAUUAAGUGUGGAGAUCGUUUUGUUGCCUGCUCUGUUGAUACCCGUGCUAUGUGUUAUGCCAAAUUAGACCAUGAAGAGGCUGCCAAGCUGCGUGGUGUUGAUGGAGUGAAUGAUGUGGUUUCGUGUCGGGAUCUAUUUUGGGCAUGUUAGAGGAAUGGGUUUCUCUUCCAACUAGCUUGAGAUUGGCAUAUGGUUUGGAGCUGCAUAGGCUUCGUGGACGCAAAUACAAGAGAAGUUAUCUGAUACUGUUAUUACACUAGAUCUAGCUCUUCUCCUUCCUUUAGAUUCUCUUAUAACUACAUCUGUGUUGGUGGAUUUUUUUUAAAAAAUGAUGUCACUGGAGAAGAAAAUUAUGCAGCUGAACUAUCUCAACCAGACAUCUGUUGAUAUAAAUUUUGAGGUUGCCUAUAUUAAUUAAUUCUUUAGGCGCCGUUUGGUUGGCACCAA